GCAACUAAAUCAGCUACCUCGGUAGCUUACUAGCCAACAAUAAACUGAUGCAUUGAAACUCCUUUGAUAAUUUGUAUAUUAAUCUGGUUUUUAAAACAAUUUAAACGUAAUAUGCUUGUUAAAUGUACUACAUUGUUAAGAGUGAUACUGAGCUAAGACUAGACUAGGCUAGUCACUAAUGCUAGCUAACAUCCCUGACCAAUGAGCUAAACUACUCCCCCCCUGCUAAAGAAGCGGAGGUCUGCUGGACAGAGAAAGAAGCUCUGGGGCUGAACAUUGUCGUGGUAGAAGAGGAGGAUAUCACAGUGAAAGGAGAGAAAGAAGAUUUCAGAAUUAAAAAGGAGGAAGUUACAGUGAAAGAAGAGAAGAACCGUUUGGAAUGAAAGAGGAAGAGGGAAUAGAGUAUGUAACAGUGGAAGAGGAGGAGGUAGAAGCUUUCAGAAUGAAAGAGGAGGAUAUCAUAUUGAAAGAGGAGGAGGCUGUUACAGUGGAAGAGGAGGAGAUAGAAGCUUUCAGAAUGAAAGAGGAGGAUUUCAUAUUGAAAGAGGAGGAGGCUGUUACAGUGGAAGAGGAGGAGUAGAAGCUUUCAGAAUGAAAGAGGAGGAGUUACAGUGGAAGAAGAGAAAGAACCGUUUGGAGUGGAAGAGGGGGUAGAGGCUGUUACAGUGGAAGAGGAGAUAGAAGCUUUCAAAAUGGAAGAGGAGGAUAUCAUAUUGAAAGAGGAGGAGGCUGUUACAGUGGAAGAGGAGGAGAUAGAAGCUUUCAGAAUGAAAGAGGAGGCUCCCUCAAUAAAAAAGGAGGACAUUUUGGGAGUGAAAGAAAGGGAAGAAAUUGGGGAGGAGACUGAAGACCUGAUUAACACCAGAGAGAGACCAGACUCUCCCUCUGACAAGAGUCCUUCAGGGGAAACAGACCCAGGGAAGAGGCCUUCAGGGGAACCAGACCCAGGGAGGAGACCUUCAGUGGAACCAGACCCAGGGAGGAGACCUUCAGGGGAACCAGACUUGGGGAAGAGUCCUUCAGGGGAACCAGACUUGGGGAAGAGUCCUUCAGGGGAACCAGACUUGGGGAAGAGUCCUUCAGGGGAACCAGACUUGGGGAAGAGUCCUUCAGGGGAACCAGACUUGGGGAAGAGUCCUUCAGGGGAACCAGACUUGGGGAAGAGUCCUUCAGGGGAACCAGACCUAGAGACUGCCAAACCAGUAGGACGACACUGCUGCCCCCACUGUGGAAGGAAAUUUACCAAGUUACACAACCUAAAAGAGCACGAGAGGACACACACAGGAGAAAAGCCCUUCCAAUGUUCCCAGUGUGGAAAGAGUUUUAGCCGGUUAGACAGCCUGAAAAUGCAUGAAAGAAUUCACUCUGGAGAGAAGCCUUACCAAUGCUCCUAUUGUGUAAUGUGUUUUUCACGAUCACAGGCCCUCAAAAGGCAUGAGAGGACACACACAGGAGAAAAGCCUUUUCAAUGCUCCCAGUGUGGAAAUAGUUUUACCCUGUUGGCACACCUGAAAUCACAUGAGAGGACGCACACAGGAGAAAAGCCUUUCCAAUGUUCCCAGUGUGGAAAGAGUUUUACCCGGUUAAGGACCCUAAUUAGGCACCAAGGAAUACACAAAGAAGGAAGGAAGACCUUCCAUUGCUCUCAGUGUGGAAAGAGUUUUACUGAGUUAUGGGGCGUGAAAAUACACGAGAGAAUUCACUCUACACACAGAGGUGAAAGGCCUUUCCAAUGCUCCCAAUGUGGAAAGCGUUUUACCCAGUUAGGGAACCUGAAUUUACAUAAGAUAAUUCACUCUGGAGAUAAGCCUUACCACUGCUCUCAGUGUGGAAAGAGCUUUAUUCGGUCAUGCCAUCUCAAAGAGCAUGAGAAAACACACACAGGGGAAAAGCCCUUCCAAUGUUCCCAGUGUGGGAAGAGUUUUGCCCGGUUAUGGAACCUAAAAGAGCAUGAGAGGAUACACACAGGAGAGAAGCCCUACCACUGCUCUCAUUGUGGAAAGACCUUUUCCCGAUUAAGGGAACUGAAAUCCCAUUACAUUUCACACACUCUUAUCCAGGGAGAAUAACAAUUGUUGAAUUCACCUUAAAGGUAGCUAGGUGAGACAGCCACACAUCACAGACAUAGUAAGUACGUUUUCCAUUCAUUAAAUAGUUCUCAGUGAAGUCAGGAGGAAAAGACAAGUUCAGGUCAGAUUUAUUGAAGACACUCUUUGAAGGGUCAUCGUGGUUUUCAAGGUUCGUUGUACAUGAGUGAAUAAAGAAGCUCUGUUCUGUCUCUUUUUUUUACUGAGAAUUUGUGUUUUUGUUUAUGCCGCAUGAAAUCAAAUUGUAUGAAUGACAUCAUACAACAAAAUGGCUACUUUUGUUUUAAAAUGUUCUAAUGUGCGUUUUAUUUGAAUUAAUAACAAGUAUUGUAAUUCCAAGAUGGUGUGGUAGUGCAGACGUGGUUUGUCGUCCCCUCCUUUAUUUUUGUAUUUAGUCUUUUUUUGUAUGUAUAUAUAUAUAUACACAUUUAUUUUCAAUAUUUUUGCUAUUUUUAAAUUAAAUAUCCCUUCCGGCAACCCGCCUCA